AUGUGGUACCGUUUCAAAGUGACAUCUUUCAUUUUAAUUCUUGGGACUACUCAUGGUGCCUUUCGAUCCCGAAGAUCUGUAAACCCUGAAGCAAACAUGAAUAUCAGCCAAAUUAUUUCCUAUUGGGGCUACCCAGGUGAAGUGCAUGAUGUUGUAACUGACGAUGGUUACAUCCUUGGCCUUUAUAGAAUUCCUUACGGGAAGGCGAACAAUGACAAUUCAGCUUUCAUAACAUUUUCCACAAUACCAAAGAUAGCUGAAAAAGUCAAAGUAUUUUUUGCCUUAGCUCCAGUUUUUUCUAUUAAAUACUCAAACAGCCCUUUAAUCAAAAUGGCAUACAAGUGGAAGUCAGUGAUAAAGGCUUUUGUUGGCAACAAAGCCUUCUUACCUAAUACUUCAUUUAAAAGAUUUGUUGGUGCAAAGCUGUGUCCACUAAAGAUUUUUGGCAAGAUUUGCCGUGAGGUCUUGUUUUUGAUGUAUGGAUGUGACCUGGAGAACUUAAAUAUGAGUCGUGUGGAUGUGUACAUGUCACAUAACCCAGCAGGGACAUCUGUUCAAAACAUGCUUCACUGGAGUCAGCUUUUUAAUUCUAGUCGCUUGAGAGCUUUUGAUUGGGGCAGUCCUGUUCUGAACUGGAUGCAUUUUAAUCAGACAACUUCUCCAUUUUACAACGUGACAUGCAUGAAUGUGUCAACCUCAACUUGGAACGGGGCCCGUGACGUGUUGGCUGAUCCUCAAGAUAUUAAUAAUCUACUUUCUGAAAUCACAAACCAUAUUUACCACAAAACCAUUUCUUCCUACAAUCAUAUAGACUUCUUGUUCGGAUUAGAUGUGUAUCAUCAAGUUUACCGUGAAAUCAUUGACAUUAUCCAAGGCACUCUGUAG